AUGCCACGGCGAGGUGAACAACAGCUAGAACUGGCCGCCCCAAACGAUACAGCCACCAACCAACACUGCAAGUUGUGCACAAAUGCGGACGAUAGUCGCAUGGUCCAGUGCGACAAGUGUGUUGAUUGGUACCACUUCGUAUGUGUGGGUGUUACCGAGGACGUUCAGCAUCACGAUUUUAUCUGCCCUCCAUGCGGAGCCGCCAAGGAAAAGGCUAAUAAAAAGCGCAAGUCAUCAAAGGCUUCAUCGAAAGUCCCGUCACUAAGUACGAAUGUGAAUGUUCCAUCGAGCAUUCAAGUACCAGUACAAACGGCUCAAUCAGCAUCCGAAGCAGCGUUGCUAGACCGUUCCGCGUACAUCGAUACAACUACCGCGGUUACUACAAGUAUUUUGACGACUGCUCCUGUUAUCCCAACAACAGAAUUAGGAUUAGCAACUAAUAUUCCACACUACAAGUAUGCCCCCACGGUCCCUCAAGCUCCAGUUGUAUCGUGGAGUACCACCAUACCCUCAGCCAACUCGUUUCCGCCUCUAGCGUAUGGACAGUUUAACCAGAUCCCAACGUCUAGUUUAUCGUUGCCCUACCCAGUUCCACCACCCGCUCUGCCAAAGCCCUCGUGUGCAAUUCUACCGCCAAAUACGUGCGAGUCGAGCUACUAUCCGGGAGUACUUGCAGCUCAAAAUUUCGCAGUACCUUCCUGUGGCAAUCAGCUGAUUCCAUCCCUGCAUUAUAGCACUCCUCUAUCGUCUCGAAAUGCGCCAAUCACUACUUUGCCCAACAAGACAACCCAGAACACUGCAAUCACGUUUAUAGGAAAUAAACCAUCUGACACCAAGAAACAAGGUCGGGAGGAGAUUCUCAGUCAGCGUUCCGUUGCAGCUAGUUCCAGAAAGUCUAAGAAGGAUGAAAGGCUUCAAUUGGAGCUGCAAAUUCUUGACGAAGAAAGGAAGUUGCAGGAAGAAGAACAGGCGAAGAAACGUGAAUACCUUCAAAAGAAACAUACACUGUUGAGAGAGAUGGCUAACGAUUCGACGACGGAUGACGAAAGUGAAGGAUACGAUGAAGAUAAACAAGCACUAAAUAAUAAGGUGACCCAGUGGAUACAAGAAGUGCCGCAAGCCGGAAACAAUCCUAUCCAGAAUGACAGAGUGCAAUCAACGCAACCCCCCUUGUAUCGCAACCAGCUAUUUAGUCAGUUUGUUCCCGAAUUUCGACAGCUAAGAGUAGGCGAAGGCACCCAAAUUCCAUCGAGGAUUGAGAACAGUGGAGCUAAUAUCGGUAUGUUUAACCCAGCACGGCGUUCGACACCUCGACAAGCAGCACUGGUGGACGACGAUGAAAAUAACCUCUCACGUAGUCAAAUAGCUGCACGCCAAGCAGUAUCACGCGAACUUCCAACGUUCACUGGCAUUCCUGAGGAGUGGCCAUUAUUCUACUCGACAUUCAUCACCACGACCAAUAUGUGUGGGUACACAUCGGAAGAGAAUCUCGUUCGCCUACAGAAAUGCCUGAAGGGGAAAGCGUAUGAGGCAAUCAAAUGCAGAUUAAUGCAUCCUUCAAACGUCCCCGGAAUCAUCUCUACUUUGAAGAUGCUGUACGGUAACCCCGAUGUAAUUGUACACAAUUUAAUUGCGAAAAUAAAGUCCACUCCCCCACCGAGACCCGAUAGAUUAGACACACUUAUCGAGUUUUCUCUAGCUGUCCAGAAUCUUUGCGCCACAAUAGAAGCCUGCCAGUUGGACGAAUACUCUCACAACGUUGUACUUCUUCGUGAACUCGUUGAAAAGCUACCAUCUUCGGUAAAAGUCGAUUGGGCAAAGUAUCGGCGAACGCUUUCACACGUCAACCUCACCAUGUUUUCGGCAUGGUUGUACGAGCUUGCGGAGACUGUUUGUCCUAUUGUUUCGCUGUCAAGUAUUGAGUCGAAAGUAAGUCGGGGCAAAAGGGAUUCCGCUUACCUCAACGCACAUAUGGAAGACAUGCAUGAUUAUCAGAACAGGUCAGAUCAAGCCGUCAAGUUCGCACCACGAAACUCGACAUCGAAGGCCUGUGUGCUGUGCAAAGGCAGCUGUACUAGCAUUGAUAAGUGCACUCGAUUUGCUGAAUUCAGUUACAACUCGCGAUGGGCAACUGUAAAAGAGUUUGGGUUGUGUAGAAAAUGCCUAAAAAAACACAAGGCAUCAUGCAAAUCUCAACAAGUUUGUGGAAAAAACGGAUGCCAAUUCAAACACCACCAAUUACUCCACAAUAACCAACGAGAUAGCGCUACGUCGACCAGCGCGCCACCACGUCAGGCCCCAACAGCGGCAGUUACUCUACAGAGUACGAUAGAACGAGAGUGUAACACACAUCUGAAACAAAAGAACAAGAUGCUGUUUCGUGUCGUUCCGGUCAUUCUGUACGGAAUCCACAAAGCCGUGAAAACCUUUGCAUUUCUGGACGACGGAUCGUCGCUUACGCUGAUAGAUGCCGCCGAGUUAAACCUAAAUGGAAUAGCAGAGCCUUUAUGCCUUCGCUGGACAAGCACUCAAAGUCGCUCCGAGAACGAUUCGGUACGACUGAGCAUUGAAAUAUCGGGUACGGGGGAGAACCACAAGAAGUACCGCCUCCAAGAGGUACACACAGUCUCCAAUCUCGACCUGUUUCAUCAGUCCAUCAAUAUGAAGGAGUUAGCAAAGGAGCAUCCUUACCUGAGAGGCAUUCCAGUUGAAUCCUAUCAGGAUGCCCAACCACGUAUUCUUAUCGGUAUGGACAACGCAAACUUGACACUUCCAUUGAAAGGAAAGGAAGGAGGAUGGUGUCAACCCAUCGUCACAAAAACACGGUUGGGAUGGAUCAUACACGGUGGAACUGAAUCACAGGAAGAACUUGUAGGCUAUCAUAGUCCCCAAAGGUGUCUCUGUAGCGGAAUAAAUGAUACUGUACUGCAGCAGACGGUGAACGAGUAUUUCUCACUUGAAAACGUAGGAAUUUUCAAACCAAAGCAGUCUCUUGCAUCAACUGAGGACCAACGGGCUGCAGAUAUAUUGAAGACUGUCAAACAAACCGAAAACGGACACUACGUUUCUCGGCUGCUCUGGAAGUAUGAUGAGUUCCACCUUCCGAAUAGUAAACCUAUGGCUUUACAGCGAUUUCGUUGCCUAGAGUCGCGUCUGAAGAAAGAUCCUGAGUUAGCAGCAAUACUCCGAACGAAAAUCGAAGAGUACCUGGAAAAGGGUUAUGCCCGCAAGCUGAUGGAGGCCGAAUUAGCGGAAACGCGGCAACGGAUAUGGUAUCUCCAGAUCUUUCCGGUCUUCAAUCCGAACAAGCCGGGGAAGGUGCGCAUCGUUUGGGAUGCAGCAGCUAAAACCAAUGGUGUGUCAUUAAAUUCGAUGAUGUUAACUGGACCAGAUCAACUAACAUCCCUCCUAUCGGUACUCAUCCAGUUUCGAGAAAUUCGGGUAGCGAUUUGCGGUGAUUUAAGAGAGAUGUUCCACCAGGUAGGGAUUUCGGAAGAGGAUCAAAACUGCUUACGUUUUCUUUGGAGAGAAAACCCGUCGGAUGCAGAACCCAGUACCUACGUAAUGCAGGUAAUGACGUUCGGGGCUUGUUGUUCUCCCAGUUGCGCCCAAUACGUCAAAAACUUAAACGCUGAGAAGCAUGGAGGGCAGUACCCGAAGGCAGCUAAUGCAAUCAUCAAGAACCACUAUGUGGACGAUAUGCUAACGAGUACGGAGUCAGAGGAAGAGGCGAUCCAGUUAGCUCGUGAAGUACGACACGUCCACGCUCAGGGCGGAUUCGAGAUACGUAACUGGAUAUCGAACUCACCAGUGGUUCUCAACGCUUUGCAAAAGGAACGGAUCGAUAAGAAGAGCCUGAAUCUAGGGUCUGAACUAGCUACGGAGAAGGUUCUUGGCUUGUGGUGGUGUACCGCAACGGAUACGCUCACGUUCAAACUUUCACCGAAGCACGAUGAGGAUCUGUUAUCGGGAAAACGUCGACCUACCAAGAGAGAAGUGUUGCGGACCUUGAUGACCAUCUUCGACCCUCUGGGAUUGCUGUCGCACUUGUUAAUCUUUCUCAAAAUUCUACUGCAGGAGAUAUGGCGCUCAGGAGUUGGCUGGGACGACGAAAUUCCUGAUGCUCUUAAUGAGAAAUGGGAAAAAUGGUUAAAGGUUCUUCCAUCGGUACGGGAUGUACGUGUACCGAGAUGCUACCGACUGCUCGUGUCAAACGGUCCGGAAACAAAUGUGCAGUUGCACACAUUCGUCGAUGCCAGUGAGGAUGGUUACGCAGCCGUAGUGUAUCUACGAUUCCAGCAAGGCAACCGCAUAGAGUGUUCAAUCGUUGCGGCGAAAUCACGGGUGGCCCCUCUAAAGUUUGUUUCGAUACCGAGGCUUGAACUUCAAGCGGCGGUUACAGGAGCGCGGCUAGCGAAUAUGGUGACCAAUAGUUUAUCAUUCAAGGUGAACGAACGGUACUUUUGGACUGACUCUCGUGACGUGCUGUGCUGGAUCCGGUCCGAUCACCGACGAUAUUCGCAGUUUGUCGCCUUUCGUGUCAGCGACAUCUUGGAAACCAGCGAAAUUGCGAACUGGAGGUGGGUCGGCACAAAGCAGAAUGUGGCGGAUGAAGCAACCAAGUGGCAACGUCUGCCGGAUCUUGGAAAUGACAGUCGAUGGUUUAAGAGUCCGGAGUUUCUAUGGCAAGAACGCGACAAUUGGCCAGUUGAACCAUUUACAACUGGAACUACUAAGGAAGAGAUACGUUCCAACUUAUUUCAUCAUAGAGUUGUCAUGAAACCAUGUAUCAACGCAGAGUACUUCAGCAACUGGAAACGAUUGGUUGGUACAGUAGGUUUCGUGUUUCGAUUUCUGUGUAACUGUCGGAGCAAAGUAACGGGAAUCCAUCGUAAGCUCGGCCCCCUAUCCAGCAUGGAAUUACAGCAAGCAUCGAACUACCUCUUCAGAGAAGCGCAGAGAGAAUCAUUUCCAGAAGAAGUGGCCAUUCUUUUAAAUAGAAAUGGUACAACAAAGGCGCUCCCUAAGCAGAGCGCAAUAUACACGAUGAAACCAUUCUUAGACGAGAAUCAGUUGAUGCGAAUGUUUGGUAGAAUUAGCAGGUGCGAGUAUGCCACAAUGGACGCGCAGAAUCCUGUCGUUCUCCCGAAAGAUCAUCACAUCACGAAGCUACUUGUUCGAGACUACCAUGAACGUUUCCAUCAUUGUAAUCAUGAAACCGUGAUUAACGAACUGCGACAGAAAUUCAGGAUACCGAAACUGCGAGUUGUAUAUCGAAACGUGAGGGCAAACUGUCAGAAAUGCAAGAAUCAGCGAGCAAUUCCCCAGCCCCCUCCGAUGGGCGAUCUCCCAAAGGUUAGGCUGGCGGCCUUCUGCAGACCGUUCACGUUCGUAGGCGUGGAUUACUUUGGCCCUAUCAUGGUAGCGCUAGGGCGAAGAUCGGAAAAACGAUGGGGCGUACUUGUGACAUGCUUGACGACACGAGCAGUGUACAUAGAGGUCGCACACACACUAAAUGCGGACUCAUGUGUUAUGGCGAUCAGGAAUUUUAUGGUCAGACGUGGCGUUCCGAAUCAAAUAUUCAGCGACCGUGGCACGAAUUUCACGGCAGCAAACAAGGAGCUCGGGGCGGCUCUGGCAGAGCUAGAUCAGGAUAAAAUUGUGCAGGAAAUUGUCAGUCCCAACACUGAAUGGUGUUUUAUUCCUCCAGCGUCUCCCCACAUGGGUGGGUCGUGGGAAAGACUAAUCCAAUCUGUAAAGCGUAACCUAGAACAAAUUCGCCCACGAUGUUAUCUCAGUGAUGAAGUCCUUCGGAAUCAGUUGAUCGAGAUAGAAGGCACAAUUAACUCACGUCCACUAACACAUGUACCGGCAGAUGAUCCAGAUGCUCCUGUUCUCACGCCAAACCACUUUAUUCUGGGUUCAUCUAGUGGGCUUAAACCGGCUACUUUACUCGACGACAGUGCUCUGGCAUUGAAACGUUCUUGGCGUAAUUCACAGGUGGAGGCGAACAUCUUUUGGCGUCGAUCCAGACCAUCCGCGGAACUGCUGGCCCAAGGGGCGGAUCAUCUCCGUGAAUAG